UUUAAAUGGAUGUUCGUGUGGGCAGGUAGGGUGUUUUUGAGUGAUUUUUGUGCGGGAAAAAGGGAAAAAAUGACUGGGAAAAAGACCCCCCCCCCUAUAAAAUGGGGGGUAUUUUAAUGGGUGUACGUUCAUUUUAGAGCACGCUUAUUGCUUCAAAUAAACCUUGAACAGCGGUAAUAUACAUUGGACCAGAGAUGAAUGGGAUGGUUGAAAGUUUCAACCAAAGAUAAAAAAUAAUUUUUGCAUAAAUUGACUUAUCGUAAGUAUAUAAAAAGCAGUGUGUUGCCUUCAUUGAGAUCAAACAACAUGGGUUCAGUUUCCUAUCAACACGGCGAUAUUACUAGCAUAAGAGGCGUGGAUGCUAUUUGUCAUCAGGUGAACUGUUUGACUGUAAAAGCUCAUGGCCUGUCAUCACAAAUAGCUAAGAAAUAUCCGUGGGCUGAUAUCUAUGCGAAAAGAAAAUCGAUAGGAAAUAGAAAUCUAGCCACGGUGGAAACGAGAGGAACGCCAGGCGAUGUUGCUAUAUACGGAGACAAUUCGGGUUUUCACGUUGUUUGUUUGUUAGCCCAGUGGGAAUACGGCAAAUGCUUUCAGUCGCGAAGAAAACAAAUUUCACCGUAUUAUGAUACACCAGAGAAAAGGUCGGGAUGGUUCAAGGAAUGCUUGGACAAACUAGGAAAACGCGAUGACAUACAAACGAUUGCCUUUCCAGAAAAUAUCGGAUGCGGAUUAGCCGGAGGGAAUUGGAAAAUCUACU